CGUUGACAAGCUACACACAGGCGUGGUUGAUAGCUGAACACAGAGAGAUCUGAGUGGUUUAGUAAUUAACAACCUUUUCCAUAACACACAGACACACACACACACCACGCACACUAUCUGGGCCUCCUCUGUUUCAAAUAAACAAAGCACCACAAAUUCUCCUCGACUCCACCUCAAGGAACACUAAAUUAUUUCCUUUUUAAUUAAUUUUAUUAACUGACAUGUCAUUUGCACCUAAUUAAGUCACUUAAUUGGACUGUCAUAGUGCUUUUACUAUAUAUAUUUUUUCGUUUUAGUAUACCCCUCUCUCUUUGCUUAACCAUUAAUUCCUGUUCUAACUUUCGUUUCAACCCAUGGAGCUCCUGAUAACAAUAAACACUCAUAUAUCUCCUGAAUGUAGUAAAAAUUUACAGCUAUAGACAGACAGUCCAUUUAACCUACAUUUAUAUUUAUAUAUACACACACAUAAUACACUCGUCUUGUUUAUCGACACACUGGAUACAAAACAAGCCAAGCCAGGGACCAGGGAGUGGAGUUUUCUUCUGCAUACGUGGUCAUCGAGCAUUUUAGAAAUAGCAGCCAAAAACCAACCACAUGUGUGUCGAACCACACAAUUAAAUUCAAGCACUUUGCUGGACCCCCAUCGGAUAAUUUGAGAUAAUUUGACCCUUUGUAAAUUCGACACCAGAAAAUAAAAAACGAAAAAAAGUCACAUGCAGAUACAUGCAAAAGAAUAAAUAAAAAUACAGUGGUGGAGGUCACGGCUGGGAUGCUAUUUGACCCCAGAUCUGCUUUCAAACAGUGACUGGACCCCCAUCGGAUAAUUUGAGAUAAUUUGACCCUUUUUAAAUACUACACCAGAAAAUUAAAAAAUAUAUAUUAAAAGUCACAUGCAGAUACAUGCAAAAGAAUAAAUAAAAAAUAUAGUGGUGGAGGUCACGGCUGGGAUGCUAUUUGACCCCAGAUCUGCUUGAUCUGGGCCACUAACCUCGGUGCUAUACUACCACAGCAGCUACUACCACCACUGCCACCACGACCACAACACGCACAUUGGAUUAUAUUUUGGUUUUGUACCAGAGACAAGAGAUGGCAGUCUAUAGAUUGUUCCCGCUUCCGUCUUUAUAAAUCUUCUACACCCAACCAUAAACCAGUGUGAAAGGGAGAAAUACAAAACCAGCAACAAUGUCUUUGUCAGACCCGGCGCCAUCAUCAAACCCCAAGAAUUACCAGAAAGCCGAUGGAAGUUUUGAAGAAUACAGCGAAGGUUCGGCGGGCGAUUACGAUUCUGUUUGCGAAGAGGCUGAGUUGGAACUUGACCAGGAUGGCUUGGAAUUAGCUGCUCAAGAAGGAGUUUUCUUUGAAAAAUAUCCAACAGGAGUAUUCUAUGAAAGAUGUCCAACUGAAAUUGAAGCAGAGGAAGAGCUGAACAAGGAGGAAAGUGCUUUCCGUAGUGGUUCCAUCACACCUGAUGGAUUAAUUGACGAGGAUUUUGAAAAAGAACUUGGUCCGUCUCAGGUACAACAAGAUGAACAAGAACAAGGAGAAUUCAGUGAUGUUUCUCGCUAUGGCAUUGUGGAAAUUGCUGGAGACGAUGUUUAUGGGAGAAAAGUCAUAAUAUUUUCUGCCUGCCGAUUACCAUCGAGUAAAGUGCUGGACCACAAACGACUGCUGGCCUACAUCAAAUACACCCUCGAUCAAUACGUGGAGAACGACUACACGGUCAUCUACUUCCAUUACGGCUUGAACAGCCGAAACAAACCCAAGCUUACUUGGCUACUACACACGUACAUGGAGUUUGACCGCAAAUAUAAAAAAAACCUAAAGGCCUUGUAUUUGGUUCAUCCAACCAAUUUUAUCCGGAUUUUGUGGACUUUGUUCAAACCCGUUUUGAGCGUCAAAUUUGGUCAGAAAGUGAUGUAUGUUAACUAUUUACAUGAACUCAAGGAACAUCUUCAUUUCAACCAAUUGGUCGUUCCUCAACCAGUCUUGGAACAUGAUGCGCGUUUAGUUUCGGCCAACAAGCCACCCUACCCCUACACAGAUCCCAGCAUAAAAUCCACAAAACCACAGAAAAAUCAACAGUUUGGAGUUUCAUUAAAUUUGUAA